CCUUGUUCAACUCGCCCAACACUAAAAGCUCUUCCUUCCUGUCUUUUCCUUGGCUCUGGCUGCUGUCUCUUCAGAAAGCAGCCCAAAAUCUCCAAUCGACAGGAAGUGGAAACGCUUGAUUAGCGGGUCUACCAGCUGGUCUGUCUCGUGCACCGACGAGUUCUGCCAUUGCUUGGUCUUCAGGGUUUUUUUUGGGACCUUCUCCAUAAACUGGGCAACUUCGUUCGCUUUGGGCAGUGAUCAUGAUACCUCUCACAAGACGUACCUCCUCGCGCCGGUUCGAGACGACUUUGCUGUCGUACUCUAGACAGAGCCUGCCGCGACCCUUCCGUCUGUAUACCACACCCACGAAAAGGAGCAACGCCCCCGGUCCUGAUCUCGGCACGGCCUCUGUCCCAAGCCCGGACUUCCCUGCAUUUAUGAACAUGCAGAAGCCACAAAACGCCGUCGGCUCUAGCAUUGACUUGUCUGGUGAGCUCAACCUCAAGUACGCCGAUAUGAAAGGUUUUCUUCGCAAGCGCACGCCGUAUACCAUCCUCCCGACCCCUCUGCCGGACGACGCGUCGUCGGAGUCGAACGACAUACAUUUUACAGACACGCUUACGCAGGAUUCUGUUGCGGUCAUUGACGCCUGUCUGCACAACCUGUACGACGUUCCGCGUGCACAGGGUGUUUUCGACCGUCUCCGUGCCGCUAAGCCAGAUGACCCGAUUUUCGACGACCGGCUCUACAACUCUAUCCUCCAUGCAUAUCUCCAGAUGGCGACCACCAAGGAAAGCUUACGGAGGAAUCACUGGGUCGAAGACGCUUGCGCGCUUUACGAGAGUAUGGAAGCUGGUAACGACGUGGCGCCAACAGGGAGCACCUACGCUUUGCUGUUGCUCGUUUGGCAUCGCUUUCACCCUGACUCGGCCAACCCGGUCUCACGGACCAUCGACCUCUAUACACCAUCUCAAUUGCUGCGAUGCAUCACCGAUCGUGGCAUCUCCGUCACAAUGGUUGUAUCAGACCCGGUUUUCCAGGAUUCAGAGGAAGCGGCUGCAAUUAUCAAGCUGUUGUCGAAGGCCGCCGUCGAGAUGAACUUGUCCAAGGUUGUCUCCGAGCUUGGUGCUGCUGAGAUCCUCGGUAGCCAGAUCCCCGACCCACUCGUCGACGUGCCCGAGGCAAUCCCUGUCUUGAAGCCGAAGAAGCCCGUUCUUGCCGUCACUCACAACGCAGAAGGUGAAAUUGUGAGCGUUGACGUCGUCGAGCAGCCUGCGCAAGUUGAGUACGAAGUCCCGUUCAACCUGACCAACCUCCGCAAACACUUGGCUGCCGUUACACUCCAUCGGCGUGUCCUUCCUGAGGAUGCUUCUGCACGGCAAAAACUCUUAGAAGAGUCUGUGUACGAUGUUGCUGUCGAGCGAUGGAAGCACGAGGCAGAAAUGUUCGAGGAGCUAGGUCUUGGAAAGAAGGGUUUGGACAGCACCGACUUGCGCGGCUGGCUGUGGCAGUGGCACCAGAAGCUGCAGAUGCGUGUUGCGGGCGAGAUCCAGAACUUGAUCAAGGCAGAGAUGGCGCUGACUGAAAGGAACGCGGGGUCCCGUCUCUCACCAUUCUUAACGCUUAUUAAACCUGAGAAGCUCUCGUUAAUCACUAUCCUCGAGCUCAUGCACCUACAGGGCGCCGGCGGUGUCUCGGACGGCAUGAAGACUGCGCGUGCGCUCAUUUCUGUCGGCAAGGCCGUCGAGAUCGAGUACAAGGCAGAGAUGUGCAAGAAAAACAAUAUCGCAGUUCCCAGUCCGGCGACCCAACGUCAGCAGAGCUUCUUCUCCAACCUCGGAUAUAGGGCGCUGCACGAGCGCCGACUUGCUGCGCGGAAGUACAUGGAGGACUAUGAGGAGUGGACCUCAGAAUGGACGCAGACCAUUCGCGUUCGUGUUGGCAGCUUCCUCGUCGACGCUCUCAUGGACGUUGCUACUGUCUCCCGCACAGCGAUCGACAAGCACGGCGAGCUGCACACUGAGGAACAACCCGCGUUCUACCACUCGUAUGAAUAUCUCCGUGGACAAAAACUCGGUGUUAUCAAGCUCAACCCCGUCGUUGCGGAUCGCCUGGCGAAAGAUCAAGUGCGCGAGACGCUGCACCCACGGCACCUGCCCAUGCUCGUCAGACCCAAGCCGUGGCUAUCGCAUGACCAGGGUGGCUACUUGUACAAUAAGACGUCGGUCAUGCGGUACAAAGAUUCGCGCGAGCAGCAGAGCUAUGUUCGUGAGGCGUCCUCACAGGGCGCCCUCGAGCUUGUGUACGCCAGUCUUGACGUCCUUGGCGGCACACCGUGGAAGAUCAACCGCCAUAUUUUCGAUGUGGUCCUGAAGGUGUGGAACUCGGGCGAGCGCUUGGGCAAGAUUCCGCCCGCGAUGUACGACCAGCCUGAGCCAGAGAAGCCGGCGGACCACGACACCGAUCCCAAGGCGAAGGUCGCGUACUUGCAACGUCACAAAGCGUAUAUGUCUAAGAAGGCGAACAACCACUCGGACCGGUGCAACACCAACUACAAGAUCGAAAUUGCCCGCGCAUUCCUUGGUGAUACCGUCUACCUUCCGCACAACGUCGACUUCCGUGGACGUGCAUACCCUAUUCCCCCUAACCUCAACCAUCUUGGUGAUGACCUGAGUCGUGGUCUGCUCAAGUUUGCUGAGGCCAAGCCCCUCGGCGAGCGUGGCCUCCGGUGGAUGAAGAUUCAUCUUGCCAAUUUGUACGGCUACGAUAAGGCCAGCUUCGACGAACGUGUCGUAUUCGUGCACGAGCAUCUCGAUGACAUCUUCGAUAGCGCCACGAACCCGCUCGAGGGCCGUGGCUGGUGGAAGAAGGCCGACGACCCCUGGCAGUGUCUCGCGACGUGCAUGGAGAUCAGGGCGGCCCUCGAAUCGCCUGAGCCGACUGAGUAUGCGUCAUCGCUUCCGGUCCACCAGGAUGGUACCUGUAACGGUCUCCAACACUACGCUGCCCUCGGUGGAGACGCCCAGGGUGCGCAGCAGGUCAACCUCAGUGUCACUGACAGGCCAUCAGAUGUCUACACUCACGUUGCAACCAUGGUGGAGUCUGUCCUCGCGCAGGAUGCUAAGAAUGACCUCAGGUACGCUAAGAUGCUCUCGGGUAAGAUCGCCCGUAAGGUCGUGAAGCAGACUGUCAUGACCACUGUGUACGGCGUCACCUUUAUUGGCGCUCGUGACCAGAUCGAGCGCCAGCUUCGGGACCGUCGCGAUCUUCCUGCUGAGGAGUGCUGGCUUGCCGCCGCGUACCUGGCUAAGAUUACCCUCGCGUGUAUUGGUGAUCUAUUCACGGGCGCGAAGCACAUCCAGAACUGGCUCAACUUGUCCGCGAAGCUGAUCUCGAAGUCAAUUCCACCGGAGCGCAUCGAGGAGGCGACAAAGCCGUCCGCGAAGAAGGGUAGAGUUGAGACCAGGUUGAAGAAAGAGCAGAUGACGUCUGUUAUUUGGACGACGCCUCUUGGCCUGCCCAUUGUGCAGCCGUACAGACAGACGAAGCGCAAGCAGAUCCAUACUGCGCUCCAGACCGUGUUCAUCUCCGACCCGAACGUCCCGGCAGCUGUCAACAGCACGAAGCAGGCCUCUGCCUUCCCGCCUAACUUCAUUCACAGUCUCGAUGCUACCCACAUGAUGCUUACUGCGCUACAGUGCAGAAAUCGUGACAUCACGUUCGCCUCCGUCCACGAUUCAUAUUGGACACAUGCCUGCUCCGUUGACGAGAUGUCUGAGAUCAUUCGCGAGACUUUCAUCGCCCUACACUCGUCUGACGUUAUGGCUAAGCUGGACGAGGAGUUCCGUGAACGCUACAAGGGGUACAAGGUUCCUGUCUCUGCCCUGCGCACCGGUACCUUCAUGAAGCAGCUCAACGACGUGUCUGUGGAGAGUUUGGGAGAAGCCCGCUCGGAAGAGAUUAUUGCUCAGCACGAGCAGCAGGAGCGCGACGAGCGGGAGGAAGCAGAAGCUGUGGACCUCGAAAGCGGCGAGAAGCCGAAGCCGAUGAAGCGCACCAAGCGUGGCAAGACGAAGCUUGUGCUCCCCAAGCACAUCCAGGACAUCGUCGAGGGCACCUCCGAGGAAGCCGCCGACUACAAGUUCGUCGACCUCGUCGACCUGUUCCCACCACUUCCGCAGAAGGGCAGCUUUGACGUGACAACGAUCAAGAAGUCGCUCUACUUCUUCUCUUAAAGGAUCUCCUCUCCCUUUUCCUCUGCACUCCCACCAUUUCUUCCGUCUCGUCGCUUUCGGCUUCUUGCUUUACGUAUCAUUCCCCCCUGCACGCUUUCGACGUUGCCCUCAUGCAUCACCUAUCAUAAUGUUUAUCCCACGCCUCUCCACUCCGAGAGCUGUAUCAUAAUGCCUUUAUAGUUGCAUAGAGCUAGAUCCCUGGAUUGAUGACUCAUCUCUUCCUUUGAAUAAAGGGCUCG